AUGGCUGAAGUAAUUAACUCUAAGGGAGUCGGCUACCCCGAGCCCAUUGCUGCCCCGAGCGCCCCAUACGUCAACCCACGGGACUCGAACCCAACGCUCACGGGCCUCCCGCUGAGAGUUCUCGGUGAAGUUGUUUCUAGCUUCGGGCCUUUGCAAUCUAUCCUUUGGAGCAACGCAAACUUCGAUUCCCUCAGGCAACUCGAGGAAUCUGGCGUCCUUGACCGGUUCCUCCCACGCUUUGAUCCGACCGUGAUUCCGUCCAAACUCCCUGCUCCAGCCCCUUCCCUACCCAGCGAGUCCUCCAUGACCAGCUCAGUGUUCAAUUCUUCCGCAUCUUACACCGCCCAGUUUGCCUCUGGUAAGCUCACUCCCGUGACCGUCAUAAACGAGCGACUCUUGCCAUUGUUUACGUCCCCGAAAUCCCCCCACUCCGUCUGCGUGAUCACCCCCGUCACCCCUUCCGCCGGAGCGUCCGCGUCUACUUCUAGGUAUGCUGCUUCAACAGCACACACUUCCGGCAUUGAUGGAGUUCCGAUUCUCGUGAAAGACGAGUUCUCCCUCGCGGGGACACCGCGCACAAUGGGGUUGACGAAAGCCGAGAUGACACGUCGUGCAUAUAGCGCGUCAGAGGAAGGGCAGACAUCUUGGUGUGUGCAGAAAUUGAUUGAUGCCGGUGCAUUAGUCGUUGGGAAAGCCAAUAUGCACGAGAUAGGGUUCGACACGACCAAUAACAACCCGAAUUGGGGCACACCGAGAAAUCCGUACAAUAAGGGCUAUUACCCUGGUGGGAGUUCCGGUGGGUGUGCGUAUGCUGUCGGCGCGGGGUUGGUACCAAUUGCCGUUGGCGCGGAUGGCGGAGGGUCGAUCAGGAUACCUGCGGCUUAUUGUGGUGUCUAUGGGCUGAAGCCGACCCACGGGCGCGUUUCUCAUCGUCCUACACUGAGUAUAGCCGCGAGUAAUGGAGUCGUCGGCCCGAUCGCAGCCACGAUCUCGGACCUCGAACUCGCCUACCGUAUCAUGGCAACCCCCGACCCGCAAGACCCCGUCUCAAUCAACUUCUCCCAACCAAAAAAGCCCCCGGUGGAAGCACACACGGGAAAGCGCAUAAUCGGAAUCUACAAACCCUGGUUCGAAGACUGCGACCAAGAGGUCAAAGAUGUUACAAAUACGGCCGUGAAAUGGCUGGAGACCGAGGCCGGUUACGAAGUCGUAGAUAUUGAGAUCCCCUAUCUGAAGGAGGGGAGAACGGCCCACGCGAUUACCAUUAUGACAGAGAUUGGCCAGGGGUUUUGCAAAGGUGAGGCUUCGGGCUUGACGCCUGCUAAUAAGCUGCUUGUGGGUGUUUCCAAUAAGACACCUGCUAGGGACUUCAACAUAGCCCAACGCGUCCGCGCAAUGCUAAUGUCACACCUAAGUUCACUCUUCGCCACCCACACCGACAGCCUAGUAAUCCUCUCCCCAGUAACACCCCACAUCGGCGUGAAGAUCGGCUCGGAAUCGCAUGUUGCUAAGGGCGGCUCCGGCAUUAGCGACGCAAACACCAGUCUGAAGAGUAUGCAGUACGUCUUCCUAGCAAACUUCACCGGGUGUCCGAGUAUUUCGGUCCCCGUGGGGUACUCCCUGACUGAAGGAGUGCCGAUCGGGUUGAUGGGUAUGGCGGCGUGGGGGGGCGAAGAGGUGUUGUUGGGAUUGGGGGAGUGCACAGAGAGAUAUUUUGAAGGAGUUGUUGGGAGGAGGAAGGGGGGUGGCGAGGAGGGGGAGAGAGGUGGGGUUUAUGUCGACGUUCUAGCCAGUGAAGGCCAAUUAGAUGGUGGCGGCGGUGAUGGUCCAGCUAGUCCCGGAUCGUGAUUGGGGAAAUGGGACAGCGCUGGAUUGAGUACCCACCACCCACAGUCUACUCGAGUACCCACAUGGUGGUGCCUUUAGUUCUUCCUUCUCUUUCCCCCUUUCGUACCAAUAGCAGCACAUAUGUAACUACAUUUUUGCACUAGUGAUCAGAGAAUUAUAUAAUGAAUAUCCGUAUUUA